AGAGGUUGAGCACAUUGUUUCUCCCAUGGCGAUACAAUCUGUCUCACACUGAAGCGUAAAUUAAUUACGUUUUACUGCUAUAAUAUAUAUAGGGCACAGUUUAAACAGACAUCACUGCAGAACAAUAGCGAGUGAGACUUUUCUGUGAGAAAAAUUGUUCAAGAACGUAUUUGAGGUUGGUAGACAAGGGUAAAGAUGGCUGGAAUUCUGUUUGAGGAUAUCUUCGAUGUAAAGGACAUUGAUCCAGAUGGCAUGAAGUUUGACAGAGUAUCUCGUCUACAUUGUGAGAGUGAAUCUUUCAAGAUGGACCUCAUCUUGGAUGUGAACAUUCAAAUCUAUCCUGUGGAUCUUGGUGACAAGUUCCGACUGGUCAUUGCCAGCACGUUAUAUGAAGAUGGAACGCCAGACGACGGAGAGUACAAUCCUCAGGAUGACCGGCCUUCUAGGGCGGACCAGUUUGAUUAUGUGAUGUAUGGGAAGGUUUACAAGAUUGAGGGUGAUGAGACUUCAACAGAAGCAGCCACACGCCUAUCUGCCUAUGUGUCGUACGGCGGCCUCCUCAUGAGGCUGCAGGGAGACGCCAACAACCUUCACGGCUUCGAGGUGGACUCCCGGGUCUACCUCCUCAUGAAGAAACUUGCCUUCUAAACCCCAGCUCUGCUCACUCAGUUGUUCCCAAUGCCACAGGCAACUUUAUAAGGAACUGCAUACUGAAAACAUUCAUAUUCUCAACCCUGGAGUAUGCAAAUAUCAUCCAAGAGCAGCUCACAGACACACAUGGAGGCAACAUAUUUCGUUUUUUUACUCUUGUAGUUACAGAUCUCCAAGGAGAUGGACUACAGAUUAUACACUGUGACACAUACAAACUGCUGCAACCUCCAUCUGUUGGUAAACUGUAAAUAAAGAUUUCUUUUAUACUAAUU